GGCUACGGGGAGUGGAGCUGAGGAGGGAGGAAAGGGGCAGAGGGAGGGCAAUUUACUGAAAAUGGAAAAUUCAGUCUUCAAGGAACAGAUCCAUCCAAAUUCACACAUCCUUUUCAUCACUUAGAGGUCAAGUCUCCACUCCUCACUCGCAACCCCAGCAACAUGGACGCGAGACAGAAGACAUCCACAGCUGUCGGACUGCCCAAUGUCAGUGCACGUCCAUGUGAGAGGAAGCACGAUAGCCAGUCAGUCUCUGCACUUCGAGUUCGAGCUGUGGGAUCCUGUCAUCGGCUACUGCAGUGGUCAAUAUUGAAGACUGGAGCCUAAUGGCUGAUCGGAACUCUGGAAGUCAUGGCUCAGCUCCCAAAGCCUGGAGACCCAGAGACCUGUCCUGGUGUUGGAGGACUGUUCUUGUGUUCUUGUGUGGAAGGGAGGUUGAGACAGAGGAAAGGGCUUGUCGUGUUGUUUUUGUUCUGUUGCUUGUUGAGUUCUAUUUUGUUCUGUUCUGUGUUGUUCUGCCAAACAUUGUGGACACAUUAUAUUGGUGCUGAAAUGUGUGGCAAUACCUGGAGUCUGCCUCCAGCACAUCCUUGUUAAUGCAAAUGACACAUUUCACUGUAUCUUUCCAUGUAUCUGUGAUAAAUAAAUCUGAAUCUGAAUCUUCCAUUGAUCUUCAGUUUUCUACCUCUAAGCCAGUUUGGGAUCAUUAGCAUCCCAUGGGUUUUCAAUUCUUCUCUUAAACCCAUCAUCUGAGGCUUUCAUCAAAGGCUCAAUAAAGUCGAUAUGAAUUACAUCAAGUGGACUAACAACAACAUCCUCAUUGCUACCUCCUCAAAGUUAGAUCAUCCAGCUUUAUCCAAUAUAGGUUUUUCAUAACCAGCUCAUGCUAAUUUCCAUUUUAAAGCUCUACCUCAUCAUUAAUCCUACGAACUAUCUGACUCACCCACGUUAGGCUUCUAAAGGUUAGCUUUAUUUGUCACAUGUGCAUAAAAACAAAAGCGCCAUUUAUGUCAAACCACCCAGGUCCUUCUCUUUUCUUGCUGCUGCCAUCAGGUAGAAGGUACAAGAACCCUAGGACUCAGACCACCAGGUUCAAGAACAGUUACUACCCCUCAACCAUCAGACUCUUGAACAAAAGGGGAUAACUAUACUCAUUUGUCCAUCCAUUGAGAUGUUCCCACAACGAAUGGUCUCACUUCAAGGUCUCUAUCUCAUUAUCUCAUGAGAGGACUCACCCUUACCACCAAGCUGAAGGUCUACCGAGCAGUGGUUCUCACCACCCUCCUCUAUGCCAGCGAGACCUGGACUGUCUACAGCAUACACGCUCAACCACUUCCACUUGAGCUGCCUCCGCAGACUUCUCCAUGUACGAUGGCAGGACAAAGUCCCAGAUACGGAGGUCCUGGAGCGGGCUAGCACCCACAGCGGCUACACCCUCCUACAGAAAGCCCAAGCCAGAUGGGCUGGCCAUGUCGUCAGGAUGUCUGACAGUCGACUACCAAAACAGCUGCUGUAUGGAGAGCCUAGCCAGGGCAAGCGCUCAGUUGGAGGGCAGAAGAAACGUUUCAAAGACUGCCUCAAAGUGUCCCUCAAAGACCUCAACAUCAAUCCCAGUAGCUGGGAAUCGCUUGCUCUGGACCGCCCAACCCGGUGGAGCAGGACCACUAAAGGAGCGUAUGCAGCAGAAAUCAGACGCACCGCAGAGGCUCAGAGGAAACGCGCCGUGCGCAAGGCUCGAGCUACCUCCACUUGCACUGCAGCACCUACCCUCAUGUGCCCCACAUGUGGGCGAGCUUUCAGGGCCCGGAUUGGCCUCACCAGUCACCUCCUGACCCAUCACCUUCCACAAACCCUCCACCUGACAGAAGUCGUGGUCGUCUUCGACUCCGAAGGACGAACAGCAACAAACAACAAUCUCAUGCCCAUAUUAUUUAUUACUAUUUAUUUAUAUUUGUAUUCAGACAGUUUGUUGUCUUCUGUGCUCUGGUUGAUCUUUCACUGAUCCUGUUAUAACUAAUGUUCUAUAGAUUUGCUGAGUAUGCCUGCAGGUUGUAUAUGGUGACAUCUAUGUACUUUGAUAAUAAAAUUUACUUUGAGCUUUGAACAACCAACACAGUCCAAGGAUGUGCUGGGAGCAGCGCGCAAGUAUCGCCGUGUUUCCAGCGCCAACACAGCAUGCCCACGACUUACCAACAUUCACCUGCAUGCCUUUGGAACUUGGGAGGAGACUGGAGCACUUGGAGGAAACCACGUCGUCACAGGAAGAAAGCAGGAGGUACAGGAACCUGAAGACACACACCACCAGGCUCAACUAUAGCUUCUUCCCCACUGCUACCAGUGAAUGCCUGCAAGAAAUCCAAUCUCAAGGCUGUAUAUGGUGACAUAGAUGUAUUUUAAUGUGAACUUUGAGGUCUUACUCCUGACCCUGGUAUGUAAAACUAUGAGGGGUAUGGAAAGGUUAGACUACAGGAAAGAUUUCCGCAUAUCAGAGAUCGAUAAAAACUCCACCAUGGACGGUCCCAAGCUCGGCUAUGAAAGGAGGAGGGUUGGCCAUGGGGCUAGCAACCCCAUCCUGUAAAAACCCAGAGCUACAGAAAUGCCAACAGAAGCUACAAAGACCUCAUCCCUGAGAGAGGAAAGAUCUUCGCCUAGAAGAAGUAUGAAGUUCUGAAUGGAAGCUAUGGGGCUGAUUAACCUUCGGCCUAGGACAGAGACCUAUGGCGAGCUGCUGUUGGUGGCCUACGCCCCAGCAGGGCUGAUGGGCUUAAGAAGAAGCAGAAGAGAUGUAUACAUGGGAACCAUAAAGCGUACUUGAACUUGACUGUUCCUGCAACCUAUACAACUUACCAGUGAGAUCAGUCAGCCACCACUUUCUGCUGCGUCAGGAACUUGACCUCCUCACAAGAGCCAACAGGGUUGAAAGGAUUGAAUCACGAGCUCAGGUUGAUGCGGAGUGCCGGCUCAGUCGCCGCUCCAACCGCCCGACAGACAAAGUCAGUUCCAGACCGGAUCCGUCUACCGGCGCGCCCGGAUUAUAUACACACUUAGUCAUAUUUUUUUGCGGAAAAUUCCCGAUCUGUGUACAUGAUAUGUAUUUAUUUAGCCGAGCGCUGUCGGAUUAACUUCGAUACAACAAUUAUAUUGUAUACAAUCUGCCAAAGGAAUCGUGAAACAGGGGAGUGAGCUCCAACCGGCCGAUGGGCAGCACUCCAAUCCAGUUCAAAAAGGUCAAGCUGGGAGGGCUGCAGGUUGUCCGUCGGCGUUUGCUUCAACGCUAUGAGUCCCAGCCUUUCCUCUCCUGCCUGGCUGGGCUCUACGGAUGCCAGUGGAGACGGUACCAGCGUACCAGGAUCCUUCCCGGAGAGCUCUGCUGCAGCAAGUUUGAAUUUUUCUGCUUUGGGGUUCUGGUCUUGACCUUUGGCCUGGCGUUUGUGCUCCUGUACUUUUGGAGUGAAGCAAAGAAUGAUUACAAUGACUUUGAUUGGAAUUUCUACAAGGACAGAUGGAUCCCAUGGUCAUCUGUGGUGCUGGGUGUGACAGCAACAUUUUUUACAUAUAUUGCCAUCUUACUGGUUCUGGCUAUCUGCCUACUGAGUGAAGGCCAACGAUUGUACCUCUUCUGGGGCCACAAGAUUGGGAUUGUGCUGGUGUUGGGCGUCUGUGCAGUAGCUAUCGGUUUCCUCUACAGUCAGUGGCAGGAAGAAUGGAAUACCUUCGCACUCUCGUUUCAGGUGACAGCUCCGUAUCUACACGUCGGGAGUCUGGCGGCAAUGACCAUCCUUUCUUGGCCUGUGGCUCAGCAUUUCAGCAAGAUGGUUGGGAAAGUUGCCAGAGGAGUCACCUUGGGUCUGUACUUGGCUGUCCUCCUGUUCCUGUACUUGGUGCCCCUUGGUAUGUACUCCCCCUGCAUCAAGGAGAAGGGGACCUUGGGUCCGAAGCCAGCUUUAAUUGGACACAGAGGAGCACCAAUGUUAGCCCCAGAAAAUACAUUGAUGUCAUUUGAGAAAACCAUUGAGCAAGGAGCGGACGGUUUGGAAACGGAUGUCACCAUCAGCUGGGAUGGGGUCCCUUUCCUGAUGCAUGAUCCCACGUUGAAGAGGACCACCAAUGUUGAGGAAGUGUUUCCAGAUAACCAGUCCUUGAAUGCUGCCUUUUUCUCGUGGCAUGACCUAGCCCAACUGAAUGCUGGGAAGUGGUUCCUAAAGGACAAUCCGUUUGGGACGAAGCACUUGCUGUCGCCGGAAGACAAAUGGAAGGCCAGCCAGCAGACGGUCUGUAAGCUCAGUGAGCUGUUGGCCCUCGCCUCCACCCAUGGGAAGCUGGUGAUCUUCGACCUGUUCCGCCCACCAAAGAAUCACCCAUACCGAAACUACUUUAUCCAGCAGACAGUUACGGCCAUCCAGGAUGCUGGAAUUAACCAAAGUUUGAUACUCUGGCUUCCUAAUGCCCUGAGGUCGAGCGUCCAGCAGGCAAUGCCCGGAUUUGUCCACAUUCAUGGAGGAAAGAAGCCAGUUCAACAGCUGCAGUUGGAUAAGAUUACCAAACUCAAUGUCCGCUACAGCGAGAUCUCCGAUAGGGAGAUCAGGACGUAUGCCGCUGCAAACAUCAGCACUAACCUUUACGUCGUGACGGAACCCUGGCUCUUCUCACUGGUGUGGUGCGCAGGGGCCCACUCGGUCAUCACCAACGACCCCCAGAGGCUGAGGGAGCUCCACAGGCCCUGGUUCCUAAUGACCCCAUCUCAGUACAGAGCGAUGUGGAUUUCAUCGGACAUUGUAUCGGCAGUGUUGAUCACGCUGACAUUUAUAUUCCAGUGGUGGAGGGAAAAUGGGUUUGCCUGUCACCCCAGCAUGAAGCGGAGGGAAAAAGGAAUUUACAGCAAGUUCCGAACAGAAAUGAAUAAUGUGUGGUCUGUUUCCGAAGCAGAGCCGGCUUCCAGUCACCAUGGAGACAGUGUGCCAAGUCUACCCACGUCAGCCGUCCCAGGACACGAGUAACUCAAUACCCCCCCAAAACGGAGGGUUAAGUUGCUGUUUAGGGUGUGGUGUGCAAUGUGGCUCGGACUGGAGGGAGGCAAGAGGGGAGGGUAUAGACAAUCCCAAGCCUUGAAGGGGAUAGAAUCAGGACAGGUCAACCAAUAACCAGUACAAUGCUGUGGCCUGCACCUUCUUUCUUCCCCAAUGGCAUUGGGAACCCCCCUCUUUCUCCCCCUUAUCACUGGUUCCCAACGUCACCAGCGCUUUGAGAACGGUACUGUCUUUCUGUAUUAUGUGAUGAAGUACUCACAGAAUUAUCUCACCUGGCAUGGUCACAAUGUCCUGCUGGGGCCAGGAAAUUCCAAUUGGGAAAUAUGGAAUUUGCAGGCAUUUACCUGGUUUACUGUCCCACUAAUAUGGGUGACACCCCCUGCUGCACUCCUGCCCUUAGUAACCUCCCAGUCGGCCAGGAGGCAACAUGGCAAGCUAUCGACUUGGAACACAGUGAACAAAAUGUUCAACAAAUGGAUCUUCACUAUAAAGUUUUAUUUAAUUAGGUUGCUUAACAAAGAUUUUCUUCAGUGCAGUGAAGAGCAUGAAACACAGUUUGGAAACUCUUUCCCAGAUACUGGGCCGUACCAACCCGUAACAAGUCCUCUUGUGGGAAGCCAACGUGCAAAGUAAAUGAGCUAUCUAAAAUGGAAGAGAUCACAGGGGAGGAACAGUGAGGGGGGUGGGGGGGUUCACUGAACUCCUGAAGAGAAGAUUUAAACUUCUCUCGGGUCAGCAUCCCUUGAAGAGAUUUUACAGAAGAGCAGCAGGUCAUAAAAACAAGAGAUUCUGGAGGUGCAGCAAGUCUUGAGUGAUACACACAAAACGCUGAAGGAACCCAGUCAGUUCUGAUGAAAGAUCUUGGCCCAAGACGUUGUCUAUUUCCCUCCAUAGAUGCUGCCUGUCUUGCUGAGUUCCUCCAGCAUUUUGUGCAUGUUGCUUAAGAUUUCCAGCCAUCCAUAGAAUUCCUUAUGUUGAUCAAAAGUAGAAAGCACCUGAGUAGGUGAACUCUACAAUAGGAGUGGCUAGAUGACACAGGUUUCAUCUUGUCAAAGCAAGCAUGGUUUAAUCUUGACUUACUGCUGGAGGUUGAUGAGAUAUCAUUGACGCUGCGAGGGAUCGUUCAAUGUGGAGAGCCAUGAUCACCCAAGUGUGUAACGUGCGAGAGAGAGAGAGAGAGAGCUGGAGAUCGACCAAGCUUUCACUGACUUACGACUGGAGGAAACCAUAGUGUUCGCAUGGAGAACGUGAAAACUCCGCACGUGCACAGACAACUCCCAAGAUCAGUAUCAAAUCCAGACCCUUGAAGCUGGGAGGCGCAAUGUUAUUCACCGUGCUAUCAAGACAUUAAUCACUGACUGGCAUGGAACUGAAGGCAGCUACUCAGCCCAUCAAUUUGGUGCUAACCCUUUCAAUGCAUCCACUCUCCUCACUGUGGUCGCCUCAGCAAUCCUGAGAACUAGCUUUGAUCCUGUUCUGAAUUCCCUGUGAAAGGGGAUUUGUCUGUAUAUAAUUUUGCACAAAUGUAGGGUUCUUUAUGAAUCUAACCCUUUCAUUAACAGGGGAAAAGACUUGUACCAGCUCAGAACCUCCAGCAGCACACCACCUUCCCCAGGUAAUGACCACAGCCUUUUCCACUAUCUCAGAUACUAAAAACUGAUGGUCUGGUGUUUAUUUUAGUGAUUUUAUUUAAGAAUAAAAAAAUAAAA